AUGUCUGCGCAGCACGUGAUCAAGCUCUUCGACGAGCUGCGCGACUGCGUCGUGGGCGUUCUCGAGCAGACGAAGGAUGCGGACUCCGAGAUCAAGCGAAUGCAAGAGACCAUCACACGGCAGGCGCUGCAGCUGGAAGUGCUCCGCACCGAGAUGGAGGAGCUGAAGCAGCAGGCUUUUGGGCCCCUGGACGUGGUGGAGGUUCCAAGUGAGAUCAACGUGGUGAAGCCUUUGUCGCAGUGGCAUGAUGAGGCUUCCAAGGAACAGGCCGAGGAGAUCACGAAUGGAGAAGAUUGCGUGGCGAAGGCCGUGGUCAGGGGCAUCCUGGCCCGGAUCGCACAGAAGGAUGCAGGUAGUUGCGCCGAGGAGCUCAUGGCAACUUGCGUCGAUCCCCCGCUCCUGGCCCCGGAGCCGGUCAUCGCAGACGACACCGACGGCGCUGACCGCACCGGCCGCGCCAGCGCGGCGCAGACGGAACACGCAUUGUGGAAAUGCGUUUGGCGCGGGGGCAUGGAUAUCCGUCAGGGGCCGUACACGGCCAGGAAGAGCAUCGUCGGGGUCCUGGGGCAGGAUGAGACCUUCCAGGUUGAUGAGGAGCGUGCCUUCCAUCAGUACAACGGCGGGGGCGAGAACGGGAAGUUCCUCCAUUUGGCGGACGGCCGUGGCUGGGUGUUCAAUCUGGGCCACUCUGGCACCUUCUGCAUCCCACUGGCACCCCCACUGGAUGCGUGGUCCUCCUGGCGUUCCCCCCAAACGUCCCGAGCUUCGCAGGAAGGAAGCAAGAGCUGGAAGUACCCGGCUUCAGGGCAAUCUCAGACGUGGGGCCAGUGGAAUAGAGGGCCCGAUAUCGAGCAAGACAAGGAGUGGAAGAGCCAGGGGAGGGCUUGGGACAAGCGUUCGGACAAGGCCUACGGCCACGACUCCCGGGACGAGUCUUGGGGGUCGUGGGGCGAUUCUUGGGAGAAGCCCUCAGACAAGGCAUAUGGCUACAACUCCAAGAACGAGUCUUGGGGCGAUACCUGGCAGGAUCGCGAUAGGUCCGGCAGGUGGCCCCACGAGAAGCGCUAUUGA